AUGGCUGUGAGUUUUGAUGUUAUGGAUGGCAUUGAGGAAGAUUUGUUAUACCUUGACCAUUUAAAUCGUGACCGAAAUCGUGUUGGAGUGGUUGUGGAAAGGGGAAACCCUUUUGAAGAUUAUGGUGACAGGAAGUUUGAUGAGAGAUUUCGUCUGUCAAAAGAAACAGUGUGGUGCUUAUUAAAUCAAAUUAAUGAUAGGUUAGAAUUUCCUACUGAUCGGAAUAACCCUGUUUCUCCGAUAAACAGACUUUUGAUUACUUUAAGGGCAUAUGCAAAAGGUGCAGUCAACAUUCUUAUUGGGGACAAUAGUAAUAUACAUCGUACAACAGCACAAAGAAUCAUCAGUGAUGUAUCAGACAUCAUAGCAUCACUGUCUCCUCGCUUUAUAAAAUUUCCUACAAGAGAAGAAGUGCGCUCUGUGGUGUAUGGGUUUAGUCAAUUGGACCGAUUUCCUGGCGUUCUUGGUACCUUGGAUUGUACCCACAUAAGAAUUCAGUCUUCUGGAGGACAUAAUGCUGAACUUUUCCGCAAUAGGAAAUCAUAUUUUUCCUUUAACUGUCAAGCCAUUGGUGAUCACAAUUUGUUAAUAAGACAUAUUGUCGCUCGAUGGCCGGGCUCUGUGCACGACAGUACUAUAUUUCUCAACUGGAGCGCUCAAUUUGAAAAUGGAGAAAUACCACAAGGUCACUUAUUGGGAGAUAGUGGUUAUGCAUGUAGAUCCUACUUGUUAACUCCACUUUUAAAUCCGCAAAAUGAAGCAGAGCAUCGAUAUAACAGGUCUCAUAUUAAAACUAGAAACUCUGUUGAGAGAAAAUACGGUAUGUGCAAGAGAAGAUUUCCCAUAUUAUCUGUAGGAAUAAGAUGUAAUCCACAGGAAGCAAUGUCAAUCAUUGUGGGUACGGCUGUCUUGCAUAAUAUUGCGAGGAGUACAAGCGGUGAAGAACCACCAGAAGAUCCAGAAAUUUCUCGACUUUCAAGUCAGUUACGUGAUGAGAGAGUCCCCAACAUCGAAGACAACGAACCAGUGCUACCUGGACAGCAGAUGUAUCGUGAUGAUACAUUACCUGGAAGAGCAGUUCGCCGUGCUAUAAUUAAUGAACAUUUACGAAAAUCUAACAUAAAUUCAGACAUUGUUCGUAAUGAAAAAUUAUGA